GCGGCGGUCUGUCGCCGGGCCCCCUCCUCCUCACUCCCCGCUCUCCGCCGCCGCGGCCAGCGGAGCGCUCCGGGGGUCUGCGCCUGUCCGCCCCGCCCCAGACCUGCCGGCGAAGGGUGCUAUACACCUUUAAUCACAACAUUUGGGAGGCAAAAGCAUGUGGAUCUUUGUCUGGCCUACAUAGCAUGAUCCCAGCUGACCAGGACUUACACGGUUUCUGAACUUGUUCAUGGCUGGAGUUUUAAAAAACAUAUUCAAGAUUUCCUGUUAUAAAAUUUGAUGCCAGCGUGGCUUCAUUCAUACAGAUGAACCAAGCAUUGGGAUAGCAGUAUAAAAUUAGAAUCAGACAGCUGACUGCUCAGCAGGAUGCCAUCAACUAACAGAGCAGGCAGUCUAAAGGACCCUGAAAUUGCAGAGCUCUUCUUCAAAGAAGACCCGGAAAAGCUCUUCACAGACCUCAGAGAAAUCGGCCAUGGGAGCUUUGGAGCAGUAUAUUUUGCACGAGAUGUACGCACUAAUGAAGUGGUGGCCAUCAAGAAAAUGUCUUAUAGUGGAAAGCAGUCUACUGAGAAAUGGCAGGAUAUUAUUAAGGAAGUCAAGUUUCUACAAAGAAUAAAACAUCCCAACAGUAUAGAAUAUAAAGGCUGCUAUUUACGUGAACAUACAGCAUGGCUUGUAAUGGAAUAUUGUUUGGGAUCUGCUUCAGAUUUACUAGAAGUUCAUAAAAAGCCAUUACAAGAAGUGGAAAUAGCAGCAAUUACACAUGGUGCUCUCCAGGGAUUAGCUUAUUUACAUUCUCACACCAUGAUCCAUAGAGAUAUCAAAGCAGGAAAUAUCCUUCUGACAGAACCAGGCCAGGUGAAACUUGCUGACUUUGGAUCUGCUUCCAUGGCUUCCCCUGCCAAUUCUUUUGUGGGAACACCAUAUUGGAUGGCCCCAGAAGUAAUUUUAGCCAUGGAUGAAGGACAGUAUGAUGGCAAAGUUGAUGUAUGGUCUCUUGGAAUAACAUGUAUUGAAUUAGCGGAGAGGAAGCCUCCUUUAUUUAAUAUGAAUGCAAUGAGUGCCUUAUAUCACAUAGCCCAAAAUGAAUCCCCUACACUACAGUCAAAUGAAUGGUCUGAUUAUUUUCGAAACUUUGUAGAUUCUUGCCUCCAGAAAAUCCCUCAAGAUCGCCCUACAUCAGAGGAACUUUUAAAGCACAUGUUUGUUCUUCGCGAGCGCCCAGAAACAGUGUUAAUAGAUCUUAUUCAAAGGACAAAGGAUGCAGUGAGAGAGCUGGACAAUCUGCAGUAUCGAAAGAUGAAGAAGCUCCUUUUCCAGGAGGCACAUAAUGGACCAGCAGUAGAAGCACAGGAAGAAGAGGAGGAGCAAGAUCAUGGUGUUGGCCGGACAGGAACAGUGAAUAGUGUUGGCAGUAAUCAGUCUAUUCCCAGUAUGUCUAUCAGUGCCAGCAGCCAAAGCAGCAGUGUUAACAGUCUUCCAGAUGCCUCGGAUGACAAGAGUGAGCUAGACAUGAUGGAGGGAGACCAUACAGUGAUGUCUAACAGUUCUGUCAUCCACUUAAAACCCGAGGAGGAAAAUUACAGAGAAGAGGGAGAUCCUAGAACACGAGCAUCAGAUCCGCAGUCUCCACCUCAAGUGUCUCGCCACAAGUCACAUUAUCGUAACAGAGAGCACUUUGCAACUAUCCGAACAGCAUCACUGGUUACAAGGCAGAUGCAAGAGCAUGAGCAGGACUCUGAACUUAGAGAGCAGAUGUCUGGUUAUAAACGGAUGAGGCGACAGCAUCAGAAGCAGCUGAUGACUCUGGAAAAUAAACUAAAGGCAGAGAUGGAUGAACACCGUCUCAGAUUAGAUAAAGAUCUUGAAACUCAGCGUAACAAUUUUGCUGCAGAAAUGGAGAAACUUAUCAAGAAACACCAAGCUGCUAUGGAGAAAGAGGCUAAAGUAAUGGCCAAUGAGGAGAAAAAAUUUCAGCAACACAUCCAGGCUCAACAGAAGAAAGAACUGAACAGCUUCUUGGAGUCCCAAAAAAGAGAAUAUAAACUUCGAAAAGAGCAGCUUAAGGAGGAGCUGAAUGAAAACCAGAGCACACCUAAAAAAGAAAAGCAGGAAUGGCUUUCAAAGCAGAAGGAGAAUAUACAGCAUUUUCAGGCAGAAGAAGAAGCUAACCUUCUUCGACGUCAAAGGCAGUAUCUGGAGCUAGAGUGUCGUCGCUUCAAGAGAAGAAUGUUACUUGGGCGACAUAACUUGGAGCAGGACCUUGUCAGGGAGGAGUUAAACAAAAGACAGACUCAGAAGGACUUGGAACAUGCUAUGCUACUACGACAGCAUGAAUCCAUGCAAGAACUGGAGUUUCGCCACCUCAACACUAUUCAGAAGAUGCGCUGUGAGUUGAUCAGACUGCAGCAUCAGACUGAGCUCACUAACCAGCUGGAAUACAAUAAGAGAAGAGAACGAGAAUUAAGGCGAAAACAUGUCAUGGAAGUGCGACAACAGCCCAAGAGUCUGAAGUCUAAAGAACUCCAAAUAAAAAAGCAGUUUCAGGAUACCUGCAAAAUUCAGACCAGACAGUACAAAGCAUUAAGGAACCACCUUCUGGAGACUACACCAAAGAGUGAGCACAAAGCUGUUCUGAAAAGACUCAAGGAGGAACAGACUCGGAAGUUAGCCAUCUUGGCUGAGCAGUAUGAUCAUAGCAUUAAUGAAAUGCUCUCCACACAAGCUCUGCGUUUGGAUGAAGCACAGGAAGCAGAAUGCCAGGUUUUGAAGAUGCAGCUGCAGCAGGAACUGGAGCUGUUGAAUGCAUACCAGAGCAAAAUCAAGAUGCAGGCUGAGGCCCAACAUGAUCGAGAGCUUCGAGAACUAGAACAGAGGGUCUCCCUUCGCAGGGCACUCUUAGAACAAAAGAUUGAAGAAGAGAUGUUGGCUUUGCAGAAUGAACGCACAGAACGAAUACGUAGCCUGCUUGAGCGUCAAGCCAGAGAAAUUGAAGCUUUUGACUCUGAAAGCAUGAGACUAGGUUUUAGUAACAUGGUCCUUUCUAAUCUCUCCCCUGAGGCGUUCAGCCACAGCUACCCCGGAGCUUCUAGUUGGUCUCACAAUCCUACUGGGGGUCCAGGACCUCACUGGGGUCAUCCCAUGGGUGGCACACCACAAGCUUGGGGCCAUCCGAUACAGGGUGGACCCCAGCCAUGGGGUCAUCCGUCAGGGCCAAUGCAAGGGGUACCUCGAGGUAGCAGUAUGGGAGUCCGCAAUAGCCCCCAGGCUCUGAGGCGGACAGCUUCUGGGGGACGGACAGAACAGGGCAUGAGCAGAAGCACGAGUGUCACUUCACAAAUAUCCAAUGGGUCACACAUGUCUUACACAUAAUAAUUGAAAGUGGCAAUUCCGCUGGAGCUGUCUGCCAAAAGAAACUGCCUACAGACAUCAGCAUAGCAGCCUCCUCACUUGGGUACUACCUUGUGGAAGCUGUGCAUAUGGUAUAUUUUAUUUGUCUUUGUAAAGCGUUAUGUUUUGUGUUUACUAAUUGGGAUGUCAUAGUAUUUGGCUGCCGGGUUUUUGUGGUUGGCUUUUUGUUUCUUUGUUUUUAACUUUUGGAAAAUUUUUAAGGUGGGGAUAGAUAAUAUUUUAUGUGUGUGACAAAAAAAUAAUUGGCUUAAUAGAAGGGGUACUAUCUGAACAAUAUAAAAAUAAAAUGAAACAAACUAACCUGAAUUAUCACUUUAGGGUGUCCAUAGCCUAAGAAACUUGUUGGAAGAUCUAAAGCCUUCCUUCAUAUUCCAAAUUCUCUGAGUCACUGACAGCAGGCAGCAUCCAUGCUGAAACACGCUCUUACUGAAACAGUCCUCCACUCCUUUCCUUUAUUUAUGACAUUGAUCUGACUUUUCAGCCUCGUUUGGACUAAAAAGCAGACCACGAACAUUAAAAGAUUUUAUUUACCUUUUCAGGUAGCAGAAAAUCAUUUAGUUAUUUGCUAAGUGCUUCAGAAGUUUGUCACUGAUUCUGUAGGUUGUAUAAUGUAAGGUAGAGUUGCUUAAGGAGGUUACAAGCUGUGUGGGGAUUGCACUAAUAAGCCUGUGAGCUUUCUGAGGGAAAAAACAGAGGGCUAGGGGCCCCCUAAUAGUUCCUGUGAGUGGAAUGUUUAGCACGGAGUGAGGAGAUAAAGCCGAAAUAUCCUGACAUUGUGUUUCUUGUACAAUGAUAUCUUAUCCAACCCAAAUAAGACCCCAACAGUACCUUGCUUUGUUUGUACAAAACAAAGACGAAUAGCCAACACAAAGCAAAUGCCAGAGGUAUUGACUGAUGCCAUAUUUGUGAACUGCCAUUUAUUAAAAUACUCAUGACACUACAUAAUUUUAUGAUCCCCUCUUUGGCUUACCGAAUUUCCUGUUUACAAGUAGCAAUAGUCAAUUAUUUAAAUAUUUAGUUGCCACUAGGAGUCACUGAGCCAAUGACUACCAGCUGCUGACUAAUCUUCACACUGUAGUUGUUGCUUCAUUUGCAGGUCCUCUGUUUAAUUGCUGUUUUUGUUGCAGCAGUACCUACAAACUUAAUUCAUUGAGACUUAGUGACCAUCUGGGUCUGUGUUAAUAUCACACCUUUCAGAAUUCUCUAGCCUCAUUGCUAAAAUACUACUGAGAAAGAAACUAGGUAGUUUGGUGAGUGAAAGAAAACAAAAACAAAAAUUAAAAAUAUUAUGUGGUGGUCAGGGACCACUAACAUUUGGGGAGUAUGUUUUGUCUGUUCUUAAAUGAAGGAUCAGUCCAGUGUUGUACAUCAAUGUCAACUACUAUCUCAUUGCUUGUGUGCAGCUUGAGUUGGAGGUAGGCAAGGGGCAGUGCCUUCUUUUAGUAGCAGACCGGAGCUUCUUUUAAGAUAAUUGUCCUCCCUUUUCAGUUGUCUUGAAGAGCUCUUGCUGCUAACUAUGGGUCCUGCUUUUCAUGCAGGUAGAGGGCAAAAAUUCUCUUAAUCAUACUUAGAACAAACUAGUGACCAAAUUGUCAUCUGCUACUAUUAAAAGUUCUUGGUUUCCUUAACCACAUUUUAGGUGUUGUCCAAGUAGGUCAUUCCAGUCUUCAUGAUUUACCCGUUAAGGAGUUUCUGACAUUGGUUUGGGGGUUUCUGACACUAAUUUAAAAAAAUAAAAAUAAAAGAUCAGGGUGUGGUAGCACAUGCCUAUAAUCCCAGCCCUUGGGAGGCAGGGUUAGGAGUCUCAGGUUCAAGGCUGCCUUCAGUUGUCUCAAAAAGGAAGAACAAAAGAAAGGUAGAUGCUAUAGUAUAGGUCCUUUGAAAAACCUAUAGAAGGUUAAUAGCAGGGUUCACACACACUUCUAGGCAGGGUUUUAAACAUAUUCCACAUCAGUUUUAAAGUAUACAUAUACUUGUUAUAGCUAAUGGAAAGAGCUUUUUAGUUUUCAGUCUUUUUUUUUUUUUUCAUUCAAAGUACUAUUAAAGAGUUUCAAACAAAUUGAGAGUUCUAUAUAUUUGGAGGAAAUAAGAGAAAGCUUUAGAAUUUAAUAGGCUACUCAAAAUUAAAGGAAUAUCAUCUUUAAAGUCCAUUCUUCAUCUAUCUGGCACCUAUCAACUAAUGAAGGAUUAGAAUGGGAAAGCAGUUCAGAUGUGUAUAAAAUUUUUUCUUCAGACUCCAGAAUGCUACCAGAGAUACAAUUUUACCACCCAUAUGUGAGCUUCACUUGGUCCGAUUGCGUAACUGAGUCCAUUUUGAUCAUAAUGUACUCACAGUAGUGUGAUUGAAUACUAUCUGUCCUGUCCAGUAGGGAUUUCUGCCUUAUCAAAUCAUGUGGCACUCCAUGUAGGUUAUUAUGCCUGGAUUAUACCAUCAGUUUAGUUAAUACAGUUAGUUCUCAAAAUGAUUAAAAUUCAUAGGUUUGUGUUUGUAAACUAUAACUUCAAAGGAGUUUAUGUUCAUGGCAGGAAAGGUCACAGUAAAGACUGGUAGCAGGAAAAUUUGAAAGGGUUUGAAGUGCCCUGAAGAUAGGGCAAGUACUUUCUGGAAAAAAAAAAUGUAAAUGUCAAUAUUUGACCAAAUUAACACUACCUCCUCCCAGUUAUUGAUACUCACUCGUUAUAUGUGUGUUUAAGAAAGUAGGAAGCGUGAAGAACUUGUGUAGCACACCAGAAGUUGUGGGUCUUUUUCUGGUAUCCAGAGCCUAACAGGGAAACAUUUCUUGUUCUCCCUUUUUUUGGGUCAGCAUUUUAAAAAUGCAAAGCCUCAUAUCUUGAGACAUCUUAUUCUUAAUUAGAUUCAUCACCCUUUGCACAUAACUUUUCUCUUUUAAACUUAGCUCUAACCCUAAAUUUUGACAUCAGAAAGUGUUUGCACUGUAUAAACAAUGUUAGCUGAAAGCGUGUUUAUUUUUAUUAAAGCUCCCGCUUUUCUGUACAUUUCCAUAGUCCUAAAUUGGAAGUCACACCCAUAGAUGAAACAGUCUCAAGUCAAGGCCUUGCUAAUAAAUGGAGCUUUGUACAUAGUCAUGAUUUUUUGGCUACCUGGAUAUCAAGUAAGUAACACUCAGAACACUAAAGAAACUCUCCUGGAGAUUCCAUCCUGCCACUAACAAGUUUUGUUCUGUACAUUUUUUUCAAAAAUUGAAAACUUUUUUUCAGAUCCUAAAGCAGAAUUUAGUAAUUUUGUGCUUCUGUAAAUGUCUAGCAUUUUAAACUUACAUAGAUUACAUUGUUUUGGACACUGGAAUAAUACGAUUUAUUUUCACCUGUAAAAAUAACUUCAUUGUACUUGAACACCUUUGCAUUUCUCCAUUUGUGCCAUUUACAAGUGGAAAUAAAUUGUAUUAUACCAUGA